AUGAGCGCGAGCUUUGCCAGGAACUAUUGUUCAAAUUUGACGCAGAGUUUUUUCGAAAACAAUAAAUCACUAAAAAUAUUACUCCUUGGCGACAACUAUCUGGCGGACGUUUUCGCAGCUGAUUCUUCUGGUGCUAUAUUCUCUACCCUAAACAAACUAGAAUACCUGGAUCUGUCAAAGAAUGCUAUUUAUAAACUCCCCUUCAAAUUCCUUAAUGGCUUGCCAAGUCUGAAAAUUAUUGAUAUCUCACAAAACAAGUUGCAGGUUAUAAAUAUCAGUUUAGCGAGCUCGCCAAAACUCCGGAUAGUUGACCUGAGCAGAAACUCCAUUUCCUGGAUCACCAGAAGUACACGUGAUGACCUUGACACCAUUGCAGCUAACCACACACUGUACCUGGACCUAACCUCCAACCCACUGCCCUGUACCUGUAAAGGUUUACCCAUCAUAUUUUGGCUAGCACACACGAAUGUUUAUUUGCUAAGUAAAGAUUUCCUUUCAUGCAGUGAUGAAGACAAUAAUUAUGUUAGCAUGGGAGACGUCAGAAAAAGAUUAGAGACCUUACAGAGAUAUUGCGCGUCAAAGGAGAUAAUGUUCAUCAUUUGUUUGUUCAGUGCUGUGUGUAUAGCACUUGUUGUAUUGCUGCUUACCAUGUACAGGUUCAGAUGGAGGCUGAGAUAUUUAAGGACCGUAGCGAUAGGAAAACUGUUGGGGUUUGAGUCGACGCUCCCCAACAACCUGCGCUACAAGUACGACGCCUACAUACUGUACACAGACGAGACGCGGAGCUUUGUGCUGCAGGACUGUGUCCAGGAGCUGGAGGUCAACAGGGGUCACAGGCUGUGUAUUGAAGAGCGGGACUUCACGCCGGGUACCUACACCGUGUCGGCCAUUGUCAGUGCCGUCCAGAACAGCGCCAAGACCGUGCCGGUGGUCACGCCUGAGUUCUACGACGGUGAGUACGCGGAAUACGGCUUAAAAAUGGCAGUCAUGGAGGAGAUCUUCAGCAGACGAUCGGUCCUUCACCUCUGUAUUUACAAGCCAGUGUCAGCAGACGACAUGUCACGUGAUCUCCUGUCUGUGUUGAGGAAAAACCGUUUCACGGAGUUCCCGGCAGACGAUGAGAUGACCCCUGAGGCUCGGCUAACUUUCUGGAACGAAAUGUCAAGGUCCAUCUCACAUAAUCCAGCAGAAGACUAG